AUGGCUAGGGUUUCAUAUCGAUCUACAAUAGACUACGAAAGAACAAUCUCCAAUGGAGGACACAAUUAUGAUGCAUUCAUCUCUGGAUAUCUUCGCAUCGCGACGGAGCAAUUUGACAAUUACUCUACGGCUCUUCUAGAGAUAGAUGACGUGAUUCCUAAGAUGCCUCCAUGCGAUUACUCACCGCCUCCCUACAAUGGUCCAUCCGCCGCUCAAAUCUUAUCGAAACGCCGCCAAUUCCUCAACCCUUCCGUCUUCCAUCUAUAUAAGGAUCCUAUAAAUUUGGUAGAUGGAAAGAUGCAGUACUUGUUUGAUGAGGAUGGACGUCGAUAUCUAGAUGCGUUUGGGGGAAUUGCAACAGUUAGUUGUGGCCAUUAUCAUCCAGAUGUGCUUGAUAUUGUUGUUAUCCAGAUGAAGCGGUUGCAAUAUUCUACUGUACUCUAUUUGCAUCCUGCUAUCACUGAUUUUGCUGAGGCUCUGGUAUCAAAGUUACCUGGUGAUCUUAAUAAUUCUAUUUUUAACUUUGAUUCGUUUUUCUAUGUUGCUUUCUUCACUAAUUCUGGUAUGGAGGCCAAUGAACUGGCUUUGAUGAUGGCCCGGCUAUACUCAGGCUCCAAUGACAUUAUCUCUAUUAGAAAUGGUUAUUAUGGAAAUGUAGCUGCGACGAUGGGAGCAACAACACAGUCCUGUUAUAAAUUCAAUGUUGUCCAAUAUUAUGGGGUCUCUUGGAGUACCAGCGCUAAAUGGGGUAGUUUCAGGUCAACAAGUUGUUACCUUACCCUUACCCAUGAAAUGACAACCUGUCAUUCCUGUUGCACUUCUUCCAACAAUUGUGGUGUCGGAGCCUAUUGGAAUCCCUAG